ACACACUCCACACAACACGCAGCACUAACAAUUUGGCUCCAACCAAUCUCAACCGUCAGAUCUUGGCCCCAUCCGGCCCAGAUCCUCUCAACCCACUAUCCCCAAUAUACAAAGAGUCUCACUCCUUCCCCCUCAUCUCUCAUCACUUCUCUCUUUUAUCUCUCAUCAACCAUUUCUCACGCUUCUUACAAUCCAUUUCUCUAAAACACAACCAAGCUCAAGAAGAAGCCAUUAAUGGCCACUCUUCCUAUCACUUUCAGGCCCCCAAUUGGACGAGUUCAUGCCACAGCUGCCUCAAAAUCUAGUAGUGGAGGUGAAGAGAAAGGUCUCUUUGAUUGGAUUACUGCGAAAUUACAGAAAGAGGACCAAUUCUAUGAGACCGAUCCAAUUUUGAAGAAGGUCGAGGAGAAGAAUGGCGUCGGAAAGAAGAAUUCGGUGACGAUCCCAUCACCAAAGAAAGAGGGUGGGUUCGGCGGCUUUGGAGGGCUUUUCGCAAAGAAAUGAUGCGAAGAUUCAAUCCUUCUGAAUAUUCAAAAUCCUGUUUUAUGUGAAGAGCAUUAUGCUUGGUUGGGCCUCUGCAUUUCUUUCAAAUCUCUUCCUUUCGGUUUUAUUUAAAAAAUCUUGCAAUUAUAAACUUUUAAUUUAUGUUGGCCAA